AUGGCAACGCCAUUAAAACGUACAAGUUCCAUCUGGAAUCAUUUUCAAAUAAAACAGGAUGAUGAUACAAAAGCAACUUGUUUGUACUGCAAUGACAGCGUUUCUCGUGGUAGUAAGGCAGUUUCAUCGAAGGGCUUCACGACUUCUAACAUGUGGACACACGUGAAGCGUUAUCAUGAAAAGGAGUUGAAAAAUGACACCCCAUCUACCUCGAAGACUGAGGCCGGUCCGCCACUCAAAAAACAAGCUACUUUGGAACACAUUCUGGACAAAAAUGUUAUGUAUGAUACUGAUGACCCCAGAGCAAAAGCGAUCACGCAAACGAUAGCUGAACAAAUAUGUUUAGAAAUGGAGCCGUUUGAUAUAGUAAAUAAACAGGGGUUUCAACGCACCAUUAAGCAGUUGUGCCCAAAAUACAAAAUGGUUUCCCGUCCACAUAUCUCUGAAAAUGUGAUACCAGACAUUUACUGUCGUGUGAAAACGAAAAUAAAAGAACUUUUGCAAGAACAUCCGCACAUAAUUGUUACGACUGACUUAUGGACUAGCGACGCUUCUUCAUUCGUGAACGACUUUAUAACUCUGACUGCUCAUGGAGUGAAUAACAAUUUUGAGCUAAAGAACUACUGCCUAGCAGUAUUUCCUUUCGAAAGGCGAAAGGCA